AUGACCGGAGCUCGUGUGCUGGGGACCGCGCUGCGCCGUGGUGGCCGGGCAAAGACCGGAGGAGACGGCGCGCGGAGAACCCUGAUCGGAAGCUCUCAGAAUGAACGCCUACCACAACUACAACGGUCUACUGUCGGCCGUAACCCACCGACCUCCGAGUGCCACCGACGAACGAUACAUACAUCGCCGCCGAACCUCUCCUCCUCCUCCUCCUCCUCCUCCUCCUCCUCCUCAAUAACAACAAGAAAAACAACCACAUGGCGCGCCGAACCCCACCAGCCGCCGACCUCGACCCACGACCCGAAAGCCGAGCUCCCGGCGCAGCUGUGCGGCGUGAUGCGCAGGCUGGCGCACUCGGUGGUGGUCUGCACGGCGACGGACCGCGCGGGGCGGCCGAGGGGGAUGACCAUGUCGAGUUUCGUGUCCCUGAGCAUGGAGCCCGUGCCGCUGGUGACGUUCAACGUGCGGACGCCGAGCCGGACGCUGGAUGCGAUUCACGAUGUGGGCGGAGUGUUUAAUGUGCACAUAUUGGCGGAGGGAGGGGAGGGUGCGAGGGUCGCGGAUUGGUUUACGAGAGGGAAUGCCGCUGCCGGUGAGGGCCUGUUUGAGGGGCUGCCCAGGGCCGUGGAGGUUGUUGAGGAAGAUGGGGAGGCGCCUGUUCUUGAGGGACGGGGGGUGUUGUUUGUGUUGAAGUGUCGGGCCCUCGGGGAGGGGAUGGUGAGGGUUCGGGACCACGUUGUUGUCGUGGGCGAGGUCGAGAAGGUGCUUAGGGGUGACGGGGAGGGGUUCGGGCUAGUUUAUGCUGACCGGCGGUACCGGACGCUGGGACAGGUCUUGGCCAAGGGGGAAGAGAAAGGAGAAGAUGAGAGCUGA